ACGAACGACACAUCACUCGCCAAACGAAUCAGCACUGAAAACGAAAGUGAAUCUUCUUCAGUUCAGGCUCCAUUUUGAGGAGAGGCUGAAAACCCAAAAAUAUCUUCAACAUCUUCAACACCAGGCCCAGUAAGGACUGUGGAAUUAUAAGAUCGUCGUGUGUGAACCUGAGUUUCAUUAUCUCCUACUCACAUGUCGAUCUGCUUUGGAGCAACAACAACAAAAAAGUUCAUUUUGUAGGUGUUCGAUCCAGACAACAGUGACUCAGCUGUGUGUCCAUAAGCUGUCUGUGCAUUCACUGAUAUUAAAAAAUGGAGAGCUCUGAUCUGGACACAGUUGACAUGACCCCACCCUCAAAAAAAUGUAAACUAGAGGGAAAAACAUCAGAAUCUGGACCACCCAGCUGUGUCUCCAUGAAGAGUGACAGGUCUAUGGAUAUUCCUUUGAACUUUAUACAUGGAGACUCCUCACUUGUACAAAGUAUACUAAAGAGAAUCCGAUCAGUCUCACCACCACAGAGCUGUGUCUCUAUGAAGAGUGACAGGUCUAUGGAUAUUCCUUUGAACUUUAUACAUGGAGACUCCUCACCUGUACAAAGUUUUCCACAGAAGCCAGGAGACAGAAGAGAAAAGACCAUGAUCACAGAUACAAGACAUGAACCACGAUCUGCUGGUGUUUAUGAAUUCCAGAAAAAGUACAAGUUACAUUUGAUGAAGCAGUUUCAGUGUUUGAAUGGAGUGAUAAACCUGGGAACCCAAACACUCCUGAAUGAGAUCUACACAGAGCUCUACAUCACAGAGGGAGACAGUAAAGAUGUCAAUAAUGAACAUGAGGUGAGACAGAUUGAAGCAGCAUCCAGGAGAAGAACAACAGAGGAAACGCCAAUCAAAUGCAAUGACAUCUUUAAGCCUUUAUCUGAACAAGAUGAACCCAUCAGAACUGUGCUGACAAAAGGGGUUGCUGGCAUCGGAAAAACAGUCUCUGUGCAGAAGUUCAUUCUGGACUGGGCUGAAGGGAAAGUAAAUCAGGACGUCCACCUCAUAUUUCCACUUCCUUUCAGAGAGCUGAACUUGAUGAAGGACCAGAAACUGAGUCUGAUGGAGCUCCUUCAUGUCUUUUUUAAGGAAACAAAAGAAACAGAAAUGUCCAGUUUGGAAAAGGUUCUGUUCAUUUUUGACGGAUUGGACGAGUGUCGUUUUCCUCUAGAUUUCCAGAACACAGUGAGAGUGUGUGAUGUAACUGAAUCAGCAGCAGUGCCUGUGUUGCUGAUAAACCUGAUCAAAGGGAAUCUGCUUCCCUCUGCUCUCAUCUGGAUCACCUCCAGACCUGCAGCAGCUGAUCAAAUCCCCUCUGAGUGUGUGGAUCGAGUCACAGAGGUACGAGGGUUCAAUGACCCACAGAAGGAGGAGUACUUCAGGAAGAGGAUCAGUGAUCAGAGCCUGGCCAAUAAAAUAAUCACACACCUGAAGUCAUUAAGAAGCCUCUACAUCAUGUGUCACAUCCCAGUCUUCUGCUGGAUUUCAGUCACUGUUCUAGAGAGAAUGUUGUGUGAAGCAGAGAGUGAAGAGAUCCCCAAGACUCUGACUCAAAUGUACACACACUUCCUCAUCAUUCAGACAAACAUCAUAGGAAAAAAAUACUCACAGAAGCAGGAGCGUGAUGAAGAAGUGCUUCUGAAACUGGGACAACUGGCUUUUCAGCAGCUGAUGAAAGGCAACCUGAUCUUCUAUGAUGAAGACCUGAGAGAGUGUGGUAUUGAUGUGAGCGAAGCAGCAGUGUACUCAGGUGUGUGUACUCAGAUCUUCAGAGAGGAGUUUGGGCUUCAGCAGAGUAAAGUGUUCUGCUUUGUUCAUCUGACCAUUCAGGAGCAUCUCGCAGCUCUGUAUGUGUACCUGACCUUCAUGAAGAAAAAGAUUAAUGUUCUUAAACACAGUCAGGUCGUUAACACAAUCUCAGAUGUCCACAACUGGGCUGUAGAUCAGGCCUUGGAAACUAAGACUGGACGUCUGGACCUUUUCCUCCGCUUUCUUCUGGGUCUUUCACUGGAGACCAAUCAGAAACUCUUACACACCUUUAUAACACAGACAGGAAGUAGCCCCCAGAGCAAAGAAGAAACAGUUCAGUACAUUAAGAUGAAGAUCAGAAGAAAUCCUCCUGAAGAUAAAUCCAUCAAUCUGUUCCACUGUCUGAAUGAACUGGGUGAUAAUUCACUAGUGGAGGAAAUCCAAAACUACCUAAAAUCUGGAAAACAAAGAAAACUCUCUUCCUCACAGUGGUCUGCUCUGGUGUUUGUGUUACUGACCUCAGCACAGGAACUGGAGGAAUUUGACCUGAGUAAAUAUAGUACAGAGAAGAUAACAGAUCUGGUUCUUUUGAAGGUGAUGCCUGUGACUGCAGCAUCAAGAAAAGCAGUUAUUCGGCAUGUAACAUUUAAAGAGAAAAGCUCAGCAGCUUUGGCCUCAGUGCUCAGCUCUGAAUACACCAGACUGAGAGAACUGGAUCUGUCUGAGAGUAAACUAGGAGACUCAGGAGUGAAAAGUCUUUCUGCUGGACUGAAGAAUCCUCACUGUAAACUGGAGACAAUGAGGUUGUGUGUUUGUGGUGUCUCAGAUGAAGGCUGUGCUGCUCUGACUUCAGCUCUGAGAUCAAACCCCUCACACCUGAGACACCUGGAUCUGUCUGAGAAUAAACUUGGAGACUCAGGAGUGAAGAGUCUCUCUGCUCUAUUGGAGAAUCCUCACUGUAACCUGGAGACACUGAGGUUGUGUGUUUGUGGUGUCUCAGAUGAAGGCUGUGCUGCACUGACUUCAGCUCUGAGAUCAAACCCCUCACACCUGAGACACCUGGAUCUGUCUGAGAAUAAACUUGGAGACUCAGGAGUGAAGAGUCUCUCUGCUCUAUUGGAGAAUCCUCUCUGUUACCUGGAGACACUGAGGAUGUGUGUUUGUGGUGUCUCAGAUGAAGGCUGUGCUGCUCUGACUUCAGCUCUGAGAUCAAACCCCUCACACCUGAGAGACCUGGAUCUGUCUGAGAAUAAACUUGGAGACCCAGGAAUGAAGAGUCUCUCUGCUCUAUUGGAGAAUCCUCUCUGUAACCUGGAGACACUGAGGUUGUGUGUUUGUGGUGUCACAGAUGAAGGCUGUGCUGCUCUGACUUCAGCUCUGAGAUCAAACCCCUCACACCUGAGACACCUGGAUCUGUCUGAGAAUAAACUUGGAGACUCAGGAGUGAAGAGUCUCUCUGCUCUAUUGGAGAAUCCUCUCUGUAACCUGGAGACACUGAGGCUGUGUGAUUGUGGUGUCACAGAUGAAGGCUGUGCUGCACUGACUUCAGCUCUGAGAUCAAACCCCUCACACCUGAGACACCUGGAUCUGUCUGAGAAUAAACUUGGAGACUCAGGAGUGAAGAGUCUCUCUGCUCUAUUGGAGAAACCUCUCUGUAACCUGGAGACACUGAGGUCAUUCAGUUCUACUAUGACUGUCAACCAGAACUUGACUUCUACCAUUUUGCUUAGCCUGUCUGGAAAAUCAUCCAUCCAUCCAUCUAUCCAUCAGUCCAGUCCGUCCGUCCAUCCAUCCAUCCAUCCAAUAUUUGUGACUGAAAAAUAUCUGAUUAGUGGAUGAUGUAAAUGUUGACAUUUAAUUUGUCUUUUGUAAAUUUGAGACAGUUUUUUUUUUCCCCCCGACUCAUUUUCUUGUUAAUACUGAAUUCAACCAUUUACACAUUAAGUCUGUAUGUAUUUUAAAAACACAUAUGUAAUAGACAAAAGAGCUGAUAGUCAGUCCCUCUACACCUCCGCACCCUAUUGUCAUUCAAAAUCAACCAGUUGAAAUAGUGGACAGUUUCAAAUAUCUGGAAAUGACACUGGAUAACACACACACCUUUGCUCAGCACAUUAUGGGCAUUCAGAAAAGAAGUCAUCAAAGACUGUCGGUCAUUCGCAAACUCAAAGGACUUAAUGUCGCUCCUCGUUUAC